AUGUCACUGGAGCUGGUUUCUCGAUGCCUUGAGCUGGAUGUCGAACCAGUUCCUGCGGCAGGGAAAAAGAAAAAGAAGGAUCAGGCCACUGGGAGCAAGAAUGCCAUGAAUUUCAUCCUAACAGACAGACAGGGAGUGUGGAAGGGGCUUCGCAAAUUGCAGAAAAAACAGAGAAAAGAAGUUGCUGAAAAACGCAAGAAGCAAAAGAUUAAAUCUGCUAUAGAAAAAUAUCAAGAAAAUAUCCAUGACCACACAGAAGCAAGCGUGGAGGCGUUACAGAGGUUAACUGAGCUCGGAAAAGUGGAUGAUCUUGUAGCUGAGAAGAUUCUCUAUAAGCAACCCUGUAAGUUGUCUAGAGAUGUCAAAGAGGAAGUUUCCCAACCAGUUAAGUCUGUUUUCACUGAAGCAGAUUUUGACAAAUUUGAAAAAGAAUAUCGUCCAAAGUGA